AUGGAGGAUAUGUUCCUAGAUGACAAAGUGCUAAACGAAGCAGCAUUAAAUGAGGUCAUUUUGACACAGAAAUCUGGAGAAAGUGAUGAAUUACAACAAAGUGAAGUCUCUUCCAGUAAACCUACAAUUUUGGCAAAUGAUGUUUUGGGACCAUUGUUACUUGAAAGGAUAAAAUUGGGACUGAGUGAAAAAACAAGCCGAUUUAGAGAGGAUAAAAAAGCAUUAGAUGGUUUCUCAUUAACUGUAAAUACAGAUGGGAAAAUAGAAUUUGUGUCUGAUAAUAUUUCGUCUUUUCUAAAAUAUCGUCAGGAUGACUUGGUGGACAAGAGCAUAUAUAACAUCAUUCAUAUAGGAGAUCAUGCACGUUUCAGUAGUAAUCUGUUGCCUAUGUCAAUAGGCAAUGGAUUUGGUUGGCCAUCAGAAUCUAAUACAAGUAAGAGCCGAUCUUUUAACUGCCGUUUUCUUAUCAAGCCUCCCGACGACCAAGACGAGACUAUGGAAGAGAAGCAGGCCCAUGUUUCUCAAUACGAAAACAUGCAGGUCUCUGCAUUGUUGUUACCCUUCACGGGAGAGAAGUCAGAGGGUAUUGAAGGAGAUGCAGAAGUUCAAACACGUUUACUUUGCGUUGCCCGUCGUAUACCACAUAACGAAAAAAGUCCAAGUUCUAUUGGGGUAGAGCAGUUUACAACGCGAUUGGAUUUAACUGGGAAAAUCUUGGCUAUUGAUACAAGUGGUGUUUCAUCAACAUAUAGUCAAUAUCUGAAUAAAGAUCUUGUAGGACGAAUUGUACAGGAACUUUGUCACCCCUCAGAUUUACAAAAGAUUGAUCAGCAUUUAAAAGAAACACUUCAUACAGGAAACAAUACUAGUAGUAUAUACAGGCUUCAAGUGUCCCAAGAUAGGUAUGUUCAUGUUCAGACAAAGAGCAAAAGGUUUUCCUACAGUAGGUCAGUUAGUGACCAGGAAUUCAUUAUGGCAACUCAUUCUAUAAUUAGGGAUGUGGAUUCAACAUUAUCUAUUGAAGGGAAUAGUGGAGACCUUUCAAAGUGUAGUAGUCCAUCUCCUACGACAUCGUCGGCUUCAACUGUCGGAACAAGUCUUGGAAUAAGUGGGAACAUAAAUGGAAGUAUGGGUGGUCCAAUGACAACAGUUUCCACUAUUUCAUCAUCUAAUUCCACAAUGACAUUUCCUAAUCUCAGUCCUUCACAUCAAGAUUUGUUAAAUGAUUUAGGAUUAGACUUAUUUCCAUCUUCCAGUUGGGAUUUAAGUAGCUCAGACAGUGGACUGAAUACUAAUCUGCCUACUACAUCUCUUGGAGGAAACAACUAUUUGGUGAGCAGUAGCCCUUCUAUACAGACAUCAACAACAACUGUAAGUAAUACUAAUAGCACUUCAAGGGCCCUCAGGAUAUCACAAACUUCUCUGCCCUCUAGUAGUGCCUUCAGUCCAGAUUUGAUAUCCACAAAGGAAUCACCAGUUUCACAGCUUAGCUCAACAAGUAGUCCUCUUUCUGGGCAUGUUGCCCCGUACACUAAUACAUUUGCCUUCAGCUCUGGACAAACUCAGCCUUCCAGUGGGAAAAUAUCACCAAAUAUUACUAGUGCAUUAAAAAAGGAAGAAGCAUCAACUGCUACAAUUGAAGUGCCCAUCAGUAGUCCUGCCACAUCUGUAUCUGGUAUAAUAUCCGACGUUCAAAUGAAUAGCAGUACUACACAAAAACUGAGAAAUCUUCUUACCCAAGGUACGGAAGAAGCCGAUUCUUCCGCAUCUAAAGGAAUUUCUAGUGAAAGAAAUGGGACACCAACACACAAUUUGUUAGAACACGAGACUAAUAGUGCUACAAAAUCUGUGUCUGAAAGUGCAAAUACAAUUUCAACAUCAAGGAAUGAAAAUAUUAUAUUAAAAGAACUUCUAAAUCAAGAUGAUGAAGAAAUUGUUGAAAUAUCUGGUAGAUCUCGUAGACAUGAAAAUGAUAACAUAGCAACCACUGCCAGUGAAUCCAAUUCUGACACUCACAGGAGAAAUAUUAAUAAUAAUAAUAACAAUAAUAAUAAUAUGUUAAGAAAGCUGCUGAACAGUGACGACGAUAAAGGUUAUCGUGCAUCACAAGAUUUGUUAAUCCAACAACUUUUGAAGCCAGAGUCUCCCGGAAAGAAUGAGAGUGAGAAUAGUAUUGAAUCAAACAUUGGUAAUGGAAGACAGUCAAAUGAUUCGUUUCUCAAACAACUUGGAAUGGAACACAAUCAACAUCCAAGUACUUCGGGUCUGUCUUCGGCACUUGCUGACGUUAUGAAUACCGUAGCAAAAAGAAAAUCCACCGAAGACGGUUUGGAUAGCAAUGUUGAUUCUGUACCCAAAAGAGCUAAUGUAGUUAACAAUGGAAACAUGGCUGCUCGGAAUCCAAUGCUGCUCUCAAUGUUGGCUCAGACUCCUCGGACUGCACCAUCUGUCCCGACGAGUAUUGCCAAUUCUAUGGUUUCUCAACUGCCUCAGGAUCGCUUGCCAAAAAAUUUAGAUAAGAAACUGAUUCACACUCCUUACACGACUUCUGGUCCAAAUCCUGCCAAUAGCACUUCACCUAAUACUACUGGAGCACAAUUUUGUUAUACACAAGCACCAAAUACAAAUCGUAGUCUUGUAGCAACUACUCUGCAGCAAGAAGUGGUGACUGGCACUUCUCGCGCUCUCAUUACAUUGGCACAGCCAACAUCAGUUUCUCCGAUAGCUAUGACUUCAGGUCCAGUUUCGUUCUCCUCGUCUCAGCCACCUGGAUUUCUAAGCAAGAUUCUCUCGGCAGAUGAAAACCAGCUUCAUCGGAAUAUGGUUCCAUCGUCGACAACAAAUACUGCUUCGUCUUCAGUUAACCUUCCACAACAAACAUCGGGAAACUAUAAUCAGUUUUCUCAAAAUGUUCCAAAUAUGAGACUUAAUGAAGUUCCCGAAGGAACAGCCGUAGGGACAGCAUCCAAUCAUUCUGAUCCAUUGUUAUCUGAAAUUUUAGAUCAGGUAUGGAGUCUAGAAGAAGAGAUGAAUAUAGAACCGUCAACGGCCGAUGAUUCAACACUAGUAAAGUUAUUGGAAGUGUUAGGUCCGUCAACUCCCACCACGACGGUGGCGACAACCCCAGAUUUAAAUGAAAAAAUGGCCAUCAGUGUAAUUCAGCAACAGCUGAUGAGUUACGAACUGCCAAAUAAUGCGGUUUCCCAGUCUACGAUUCCGGUGUCUGCCAGUCAGUCGCUACCGCUGCUUUCCUCCUCGGGGUCGACGGCGUCCGGUCCCGUACCUCCACUGGCAAUGUCGCCUUCGCCAUUAUCGCCCAAUGCAUUUCCCGCCACCGGUCAUUAUAAAUCUGCUACCCAGCCACCGGCAUAUGGUAGCACCAUGGUGCCCAAUCAGAGGCAUCGUAUGUUAGCACCCGUCGUGCCCAACAGUCAACAAGUUACUGUCAAUGUGCCCGUACAAAGAACGCAGUUUCCUGCAGGAAUUUCCAACGUACCUGUACCUCAAAUGAGGCGGAGUCUGUUGGAACGGAGACAGAAGAUAUACUUACAACAACAACAAAAACGACUUCAAGUUCAACAGCAGCAACAACAGUUAAUAAUGCAGACACAACAACCAUUGAACGAAGCCCUUUCCACGACCGGUCCGCCUACAUUUGCAGAGAACAUGAACGAACUGUUAAAUAACACUGUUGCCCCCAACGUUGCUCUACAGCAGCGACCAACAAAUGUCCCCGAACAGCAGUUGUCUCCGAGAUAUAAUACAAAUAUCAUGGGUCAGUUGCCGAGUCCGAUUCAACAGCCACCGACUCCGUCGCAGUUGUCUCCCGGGCAGAGAGUCGGGCAGCACCCGCCUUAUUCUCCCUUGUCGCAGCAGUCAUUUCCGAGUCCGACGCCACCAGUUAGUAGUUACCAGCAACCGCAACCGCAGCCACAGCAUAGACUUUCUCCACACCCCAUUCCUUCUUACAACCAAGGACAUUCUCCGUCUCCGACCCAUUCACCUCAUUUACAACUUUCGCCACAGCCAGGAACGGGACCUCCCCAGUGGACUUCGCGUCCGACUCAGAAUCAAAAUUCAAAUAAUCUCCAGCAACAGAAUCCAAUGCUUAAUGCUCAACUUUCUCAGCAAGCAGCAUUUGCUGGUCAAGUGAGAUUUCCUGCACAGCAGAGACAAAUGACAAUGCGCUCCAUGCCAAGUCCAAGUUCCUUAACCUCUUCUCGUAAUUCACCAUACACUAACCAACCUGAUUCACCGUAUCCUCCCCAGUCACCCGGCAGUAACAUGAAUGUAUUUCAGCAGCAGCCUUUACAGCAACGAUUACAGAGGGUCGUGUCUGUUCCAGGUCGUGUCAAUUCUCCACGAAGUCUUCAGGGAGGUUUUGUAGGCGGCGAUCCUUUGCUGUCUCCCCAACCCCAACCUUCUCCCGGAGGAUAUACUCAGUCUCUGUCGGCCACUCCGACUCCCAAUUACAGUUCGUCCAGCGGAAUGCCGACCGUUUCUACGAUAAGUUAUACUAUUCCUUCAGAUAGCAUACCAUUUAAUUUCGAUCAGCAGAUCUUUACCACAAAUGCUAUGGAGAGAAACAGAGGAGGCAACGGGGGAAUGACGUCAGAAUAUGUCAGACAGGAAUUGAGGGCUAUGGUUGGUGCCAGAACUCAACAGCAGCAGCAACAACAGCAGCAGCAGCAACAACAACAGCAACAGGGUCAGCAGCAUCAGCUUCACCUUGCUCCCACACCUCCAAGUAGUCAGUCGCUUACUGCAGAAUUGGAAACCCUAGGAUUGUCGUUAGAACUCGGGCCAAACGAAGGUCAGCCAUCGUCACCCGCACUGUACUCUCAACCUUUGCUAAGCAUAGCGGGAGGUUCGGACGUUCAGACCAACAGUCCACGGGUAGAGGAUUCUAAGCCAAACGACCAGAAAAAAAGUCUUCUCCAACAGCUACUGUCGGAACCUCCUUGAAAUUAACUGGACUUAGAUUUUACGACGAAAGUGUGCAGCUGUUUGUGAUGUAUUUCUAAUCUGUAAUGGAUGUUCUCCGUGACUUGACAUUUGGCAACGUGUGCCUCUGUUGAACAUCAAACUUAAAUACAAAGAUUCGUUAUUGCAUGUCGGUGUUCUCUAUUGUCUGCCCGAAAGACUGCUCGAAAAGGGUGGCAACCGGGACGAAAUCGACGGAAUUAAAUUUUCACGAAAUCUAAAAACAAAAACACUGCAUUCUAAAUAAGUGAAAGAAUAUGGCUAGGCUGCUUUUUGCUGGGAAUUACAAAAAAUAAAAACAUUCGAAUUUAAAAUAUUGUUAUUGGUAUUGACUGUUUAAAUGGAAGACGAUAUUGACGGUUGUUUUAAAACGAAGCAAUCUUUUAGUUGAAAAUUAUAUUAUUAAAAAGUUUAAAAAUGUUUUACAUAUGUUUUAAACCAUUGCACGGUAUGUUUUUGUUGUAUGUAAGAGAAAAGAAUGAAAAGAUAUUUUUGAGGUAAUUCCCAAACUAGCAGCUUUGCAUUGUGCUGGUAUUGUAGCCUGCCAUUUUAGUACCUUAAGAGUGCAAAUUGUACAAUUGUACAUGCAGAAGCUUUAUGUGUAUAUUCCAACUUAAAAAACAGCUUUAAUGUGAUGUGCAUCUACCUGCUGUAAUUUUCAGUGUAUUUUACUUGUGUUGUGUAUAUAUAUGUAUGCAUACAGUCAUGGUUACAAUCAGCAGGAAGAGCAGCAUAUUUUCUUGUCCACAUCUGUAUAUAUCUUGUGUAGGAAAGCAGCUCGUUACUGUUUUCUCAGAAUCAACGCACGGAGAUUACGACCGUGGCACGUCGUUCGUAAGAGUGCAGAUUCUUUUUUCGGAAGACGAAGGCGGACGGUGGGGAUAUUUUUCCUUUGUCCGGACGAACGGACCGGCACCGAGUCCGAAGACGCCGCGCUCGUCGCCACCAAAACAAGUAGAGACCGUCAUCGCUGGGAGUGAUUAGAUGUGAUACGUAAACAAAUCUUUCGUGGUUUAAAGUUAUAAUAUACAGGUGCAUGCCUUCAAUGUGUAAACAACUCGACAUCUGUGAUCAGGAUUUCUAACCAACAUUAUGUGCAACUUUCCUGGCUUUCUGCAGGUAACAAAUUGUGAAUUACUACCUCAGGGUUAUCUUAUUUCUUCUCAAAGUUGUAGGAAUAUUGCAUGAUAAUUUUGUUUUAGUGUAAUAUUGUCUUCGAGUACAAAAAAAAUCAAUGGUCUGUAAAAAAAAAAAGAUUUAAAAAAAUGCAUGUGACCUGGAGUGAAGCUACAGAGGCACUUGCGGGUAACGGGCAGAGUGCAACUUUUUGUAGUCGCAGAAUUUAUUGUAUCUAAAGCAUUGUUUCGUUUUAUUGUAUGUUACGAAAAGAAGAAAAAAAAUUCAUAGUUUUCCACGAUUAUCUUUACGAGCCCGAUCUAGCUUAGAUGUAUUAGUUUAGCUCGUGAUUCUAUCAGAGAUGUCCAGUAUAAAUUUUGUGGGGAAAUUAACGGUUAGCCAAAUUUUACAUAGAUCAAACUCGUGCCUUUGUUACAAAAUAAUCAUUGUAACUUUAUUCUGCCAAUAAAUACUAUGGUGGUGACCCAAAUUCUUAAAUGUAACGAUAGUCGGAAUAUAUACGGACGGCCCACUACUCUAUCUGGAAACACAAGUACGAAACUCAGUGUAAGAAAUUCCACUCUUUAAAAAAAGUUUACGUUAUAUAUUUAUAUAAUAUAAAUAUAUAUACAUGUAUAAGUUCUUGUUCAGAUGCAUCUGAAAUAUUUGAAUUUAUUUUUUUUAAAACUUACUCGAUGGAAAAAAAUUGAAGUCUUAGCUACAAGUGCCAGACAGUUUCUUCACCCUAGCGGAAAAUUUUGGUAUUAGCGGCCCUAGUGUUAGCGCCGUCUCCGUUCGAGGCGGAUAAGUACGGCUCACCUUGCCUGUUUGUCCUAGUGAUCUGUUAGAGCCUUACUCCUGUCACCAAGCAUUUGUUUGUUAACUAUGGAAUGGAAAGGUCAUAUUUUUGUAGCUCUCACGAGAGGCACCUUUGGAACGUGAAAAAUAGCUGUUAAAAAUUCGAUUCGACACGGUUCCAAAGUGUCGACAACGCAUAGUCAGUUUAUCCUUUGAUGGAUGGUUGUAUAGCUUUUUUGCAGAUAAAAAUGAAAAAAAAAAAUAAUUAUAACUUAAGCACAGUGUUAAGUCAGCACUAAUAGAGUUAGUACUAGUUUCUCUAUCUUCUUGUCGAAUAGAAUACGGAAUGAGUGAUUUAAAAAAAAAAUAAAAUAGAGACUUUGGAGCCUGGAGACGAAGCUAAUCGAAGACGUGCCGUCGUUGCGCACGAAUCACACGUGUUCAUCACUCGACCAGCUUCUGGGUAUGAUUGUUUCAGUUCCUGUGUGUCUUCAGUUAAUCCUGUAAAGAGAAAUACCAUGUGUUGUGAAUUAAUAAAUGCUGGGUUUCUAAUUAGCGA